AUGCUCACACGCCUGGACUCGCGUCGGCAGGUUCAGGGCCCCCUCGGGGUGAGCCGAUCAAGUCCCGAGGGUUGUUUCCCGCCUGCUCCUGCUCCUCGCAGAAAGACUUUUUCCCUGUUGCUUGAGAAGCAGCCGAGCCGGGAAGUGCGGGGGCCGGCGCGCAACCAGUGCGAGCCGACACAGUUUCUCCCCCCCCGCGGUUUUCCCCCGCUGCCGGACGCGCGCGCGGCGCUCUGCGGGCCUGGCGGCCGCCUGCGCGGGAGCUCGCCAGAGGCACCCCACGCCGCGCGGGAGAGGCAGAGGGAGAAGCAUGGCACGACGGCCGCUCGCCGCCCGGGCGCCGACCCGCUCAGCAAGGACAUGAGGCGUGGAUGCAGUCGCGCGGACAGAUGA